CUGCGGAGCUCCACCCCCACCGCCAGCUCUGGGGCGGGUAUUCCCCCGUGCCUCAGUGUCCCCUAGCCCCGGGAGAGGACAGGGCGAGCUCCCAGCCGGCCUGGGGGUGGCGGCCCCCACGUUAGGUGGGAUUGUUGCGAUAACCCGGCGCCCCCGCUUCCUGCGGGCCAGGAAGGAGCCGCGCAGAGGAAGUACUCCGAGGGGUAAUAUAAACACUUCCCCCGCAGGCGCGGCCCACAGGGAGCCCGCCCGCCAGUCCGCCCCGUCCGCCCCGUCCGCCCCGUCCGCCCCGUUCGUCCGUCCGUCCGUCCGAGCGCGCGCCAUGGGUCUGCCGGCCGAUCGCGGGAGCCUGUACUCGCGGCCCAGCCGCCGCGGCUGCUGGUACUACCUGCGCUACUUCUUCCUCUUCGUCUCCCUCAUCCAGUUCCUCGUCAUCCUGGGACUGGUGCUCUUCAUGGUGUACGGCAACGUGCACCUGAGCACCGAGGCGGCGCUGCAGGCCACCGAGCGGCGGGCGCAGAGCCUGCAGGGGCAGGUGGCGGAGCUGGCGGCCGCGCGCACCAACCUCACCAAGGAGCUGAACCUGACGGUGAGUGCCAGGGACAGCAUCAUGCAGAGGCUGCUGGGCGGGCGGCGCGACAUGGACCGCAUCAACACCAGCUACCGCCAGUGCCAGGCCGAGCUGGAGACCUACCACAACUACCAGCGCAUCAUCGCUGCCAUCAUCCUGAGCGAGGCCAAGUGCAAAGAGCAGCUCCAGGUCAACAACCAGAGCUGCAAUGAACAUAUCUUGAAGCUGAACCAGAAGACGCAGGAGCUGGAGGCGAACCUGGCUAAGGAGAAGGCGCAGUGCGCAGGGGAGAAGAACAGUCUGGCGCAGGCGCUGCAAGCGGCGCAGGCGCAGGUGGCCGACUGCAAGCGGGAGCAGGCCCAGCUGCAGCAGGACCGCAUCCUGGCCGAGAGCCAGCUUCAGAAGGUGCAGAGGCUCUGCAUCACCCUGGACAAAAGCAAGUUCGAGAUGGAGCUGCGGGAACUGUGGAAGGACAGCAUCAUCCCACGCACGCUGAGCUCCAUAUCCUCCUCCUAUAGCCUGUACGUGGCCCCCGAACUGGCCGCCCUGCGCAUCACCUGCGACCAACUGCCCAGUGUCAUGAGCAACAAGGUGGACGAGCUGGCCCGGAGCCUGCGUGCCGACAUCGAGCGCGUGGCCCGGGAGAACACGGAGCUGGAGAGGCAGAAGCUGAAGCUGAACGAGGACCUGCAGGCCAGCCAGGCGGCCAGGGAGAAGGCGGAGAAGGAGGCGCAGGCCCAGGAGAGCCGCGUGCGGUCCGAGUGCGCGCAGCAGACGCAGCUGGUGCUGCAGGAGAAGGCAGCCCUGCGCAAGGAGCGCGACGCGCUGGGCCAGGAGCUGGCGCAGAGGAAGCAGGAGGUCGAGCAGCUGAAGAUGAAGCUCACCAUCAGCGAGUCGACCCUGGACACCUGCAUCAAGGCCAAGUCACAGUUCAUCCCUGCGCCGAGGACUGUGGUUGCGCCCCCCCAGCCCCCGUCCAUCAAGGACAUCAACCCAGGCCUGGUGGAAGAGUUCAAGAAGAAGAUUCUGGAGUCUCAGGGGCUCCCCACAAGUGGCUGAGGAGCCUGCGGGGACCCUCGGACAGCGGUCGGCACUGGGGACCCACACACAACCAGCCAAGCACUGCCCCGUCCACAGUGCUCACCCCCUGCCCCUGCUCCCCGCGGUGACCAUGCAGACACGCCGGAUGGACAGGCUUCCUGCCAGCCCCCACGCCCUUCACGCACCCCGCACUUCCUUCCCAGCUGACCCCUCACAGGACCCGGAAUCCGGGCCUGGAGGGGGGCGCAGAGCUCAGCCCCUCAUUCUGUCCCCCCCAAGACCCCAAGCCCCACCGGGGCCCCUUGUGCCAAUAAAUAUUAGCAA